CUGUGUCCAAAAGGCACCACCGACCUGUCACCGCCGUUCGUUCGUCUCAGCAACUCCAACUGUCCAAACGCAUCCCAAAUGAAGAAGGUCCCAAGGUGUCCCUCUCCAACCCCCACCUCUCAUUCACCCAACCUAUUUCUCCCACCUAAAACCCUAACUGUCACCCAACGAACGCAUCAACCGCCAGAGAGAGGGAGACAUUGGCCAUGGUUGUUGCCACAAUGGAGCGUUUCCCUGGGUCCUCCACCCUCAAACGUUAUGCCACCUCCGACACCAAGAAGAGCGUUUGCCGUCUUUCCCACCAUGACCCUCCGCCCAACACUCUCGGCAUCCUCGCCUUCGAGGCCGCUAAAACCAUGUCACGUCUCUUCUCUCUCUACAAAUCUUUGUCGGAUGAUGAGAUCUUCAAGCUCCGAAAGGAGGUCAUGAGGGCUCCGGGCGUCUCUUACUUGAACUGCAAGGACGAGGGCUUCCUCCUCAAUCUCGCCUGCGUUGAGAGGCUUGAAGAGCUCGAUAGAGCCGCCUCCGCCGUCUCUCGAUUGGGCCGGAAAUGUGUGGAUUUCGGACUCAACCGAUUCGAUCUCGUCUACAAUGAUCUGAAAGAUGGUAUGGUUGAUCUAUGGAAGAUACAAUACAAAUCCAAAGAGAUAGACAAGGUCAUAUACAAGAUGAAGAAAUUCAUAUCCACGACGUCGAGCUUGUAUUCAGCCUUAGAAUCCCUUUCAGAAAUGGAAGUAUCAGAGCGUAAAUUACAAACGUGGAACAAGAGCGUCGUUGCGCAGAAAACCAACUUCGAUCUUUUCAAUCAGAAGAUUGCAUGGCAAAGAAAGCAAGUCCGAACCUUGAAAGAGGUUUCUCUAUGGAGCCAAACCUUCGACAAAAGCGUGAGUCUUAUGGCCAGAAUCGUCUGCAUCGUCUACGCCCGAAUCUGUGACAUUUUCAGACCUUACAUUGCUGUUCUACCUCGCAUGUCCUCAAAACAAAAAAUUAGGAUUCAUCUUCUUGACGAAAAUCCACUCAUGACAAAAUCGGGACCCAUCCCGAAAACUCUCCAAUCGGGCGUGGUCCACUUCUACAACCGAGAAUCAAAACUCUACUUUGCAGACCAAAUCAGUUUCGGUAUCGGCUUGAAACAAAACGGAUAUUUCGAUUUCGACGAAAUCGGUCGAAAGAAGAGCGUUUUACAAGGGGCGCCGCCGUCGACCUUGGGGGGUUCGGGGCUCGCGUUGCGAUAUGCCAACAUAAUAAUCCUGGCGGAGAGGUAUCUACACGCGCCGAACAUAGCGGAGGGCGCGCGUGAGGACCUGUACCAUAUGUUGCCAGAUAGCCUGAAAGUAUCAGUAGAAGCGAAGCUAAAGAGGGGUUGGCAGCUUAGGGAGGAGGACGAGCCUCUGGCGGAGGGCUGGAGCGAGGCCGUCAAGGAGAUCCUGAGGUGGCUUGCGCCGAUGGCCCACGACACGUUGAAAUGGCAGACGGAUAGGAACCUGGAGAAACAGAAAUUCGAGGGAAAAUCGACCGUGCUGUUGUUGCAGACAUUGUACUAUUCCGAUAGGGAGAAGACGGAGGCGGCCAUCGCGGAGGUGUUGGUGGGGCUGAGUUGUAUAUAUCAGUACCGCACCUCCGUUGGGGAAAGGUAUAGAUGAUGACGUCGGGUUUCAUUUUCUUUGGUGGGAGGAAAUCAUAAAAAGAAAAAAAAAAAUGAAAACCUGUAUUCUUGGUUGGGGAAAUAUUAAGAAAGAAAAAUAGAAGGGAAUAUAGAGGUGAAUUUUUUACUUUUUGUUUUUGUUUUUUAUUUUUGGCGUUUUCUAAUUGCUUUUAUUAAGCUCUGAAAAAAUUUAAUGCUACUUGUGAUU